AUGGCCGAAGUCGGCGAGGACAGCGGCGCCCGCGCCCUGCUGGCGCUGCGCUCGGCGCCCUGCAGCCCCGUGCUGUGCGCCGCGGCCGCCGCCGCCGCCUUCCCCGCCGCCGCCGCGGCCGCCGCGCCCCCGCCCGGGCCGCCGCCGCCGCCGCCGCCGCCCCCGCCCGGGCCGCCGCCGCCGCCGCCGCCGGGCGCGAUCGCGGGCGGGGGCGCGGGCGCGGCGCCGGCGCUGGUGGCCGCGGCGGCCGCCUCGGUGCGGCAGAGCCCGGGGCCGGCGCUGGCGCGGCUCGAGGGCCGCGAGUUCGAGUUCCUCAUGCGGCAGCCGAGCGUCACCAUCGGCCGCAACUCGUCGCAGGGCUCGGUGGACCUGAGCAUGGGCCUGUCCAGCUUCAUCUCGCGGCGCCACCUGCAGCUCAGCUUCCAGGAGCCGCACUUCUACCUGCGCUGCCUCGGCAAGAACGGCGUCUUCGUGGACGGCGCCUUCCAGCGGCGCGGCGCGCCCGCCCUGCAGCUGCCCAAGCAGUGCACUUUCCGGUUCCCCAGCACGGCCAUAAAGAUCCAGUUCACGUCUCUGUACCACAAAGAGGAGGCUCCGGCGUCCCCGCUCCGGCCGCUGUACCCCCAGAUCUCCCCGCUCAAGAUCCACAUCCCGGAGCCGGAUCUCCGGAGCAUGGUCAGCCCCAUCCCUUCCCCCACCGGCACGAUCAGCGUCCCUAACUCCUGCCCGGCCAGUCCACGUGGAGCUGGGUCCUCCGGCUACCGCUUCGUCCAGAACGUGACCUCGGACCUGCAGCUGGCCGCCGAGUUUGCCGCGAAGGCCGCCUCGGAGCAGCAGGCAGACGCGUCCGGAGGCGACAGCCCCAAGGACGAGUCGAAGCCGCCGUACUCGUACGCGCAGCUGAUCGUGCAGGCCAUCUCCUCGGCCCAGGACCGGCAGCUCACGCUCAGCGGCAUCUACGCACACAUCACCAAGCAUUACCCCUACUACCGCACCGCCGACAAGGGCUGGCAGAACUCCAUCCGCCACAACCUCUCGCUGAACCGCUACUUCAUCAAAGUCCCUCGCUCCCAGGAGGAGCCGGGGAAGGGGUCUUUCUGGCGGAUCGACCCGGCCUCCGAGGCCAAGCUGGUGGAGCAGGCGUUCCGGAAACGGCGGCAGCGGGGCGUGUCCUGCUUCCGCACCCCCUUUGGGCCCCUGUCCUCCAGGAGUGCUCCCGCCUCACCCACCCACCCUGGGCUCACGUCCCCUCGUUCCAGUGGCCUGCAGACGCCAGAGUGUCUGUCCCGGGAGGGCUCGCCCGUCCCACAUGACCCUGACCUUGGGUCAAAGUCAGCCUCCGUUCCUGAGUACCGGUAUUCCCAGAGCGCGCCCGGCUCCCCCGUCAGCGCCCAGCCAGUGGUCAUGGCUGUGCCCCCCCGGCCGUCCAACCUCGUGGCCAAGCCGGUGGCCUACAUGCCGGCCUCCCUCGUGACCUCGCAGCAGCCCUCAGGCCACGCGAUCCACGUGGUGCAGCAGGCCCCCACCGUCACCAUGGUCCGGGUGGUCACCACCGCUGCCAGCUCCGCCAACGGGUACAUCCUCGCCAGCCAGGGCUCGGCCGGGGGCCCCCACGACGCAGUGGGCUCGGCCGUGCUGGACCUGGGCGGUGAAGCCAGAGGAUUGGAAGAAAAACCCACCAUUGCAUUUGCCACAAUCCCUGCGGCCAGCCGGGUCAUUCAGACGGUGGCCAGCCAGAUGGCCCCUGCGGUCCCCGGACACACGGUCACCAUCCUGCAGCCGGCCGCCCCCGUGACCAUCGGGCAGCACCACCUCCCCGUCCGUGCCGUCACUCAGAAUGGGAAGCACGCGGUGCCCACCAGCAGUUUAGCCGGCAGCGCUUACGCCCUCACCAGCCCUCUGCAGCUGCUCGCAGCCCAGGCCAGCUCGUCCACGCCGGUGGUGGUCACGCGGGUGUGCGAGGUGGGGCCCGAGGAGCCAGCAGCAGUGGGCGUGGCCACAGUCACCACCACCACCACCCCGGCCACCACCACCACCGCCUCUGCCUCUCCCACCGGGGAGCCCGAGGUCAAAAGGUCCCGGGUGGAGGAGCCCAACGGGACUGCAGGCGCCCAGGCGGGGGGCAGCACGGCUGCCAGCCCCUCGGGCCCUGGCACCGGCGAGUGACGUCACGGCCCGUGGAGUGGGACUCACGCCAACAGCAACUCCCAAGCCGGGCCCGACUCUGCCGACGGCUGCACUGGGACCGAGGAGAAAGCGCUGCUGCUGCCCGCCCACGGCCCGUGCUGCACGGGCAGGCGGCCGCCCGCCGCCCGGCACGCCCGGCCCUUCCCGUCCCUCUCCCAUCCUCCCGUGGUUCAGACAAAACAUAAACGCGUUCAGCCCCCGACUGUGUGCCCUGGGAUUCUUUGUCUCUGUUCUUCUCCCCCGGCACCACCUUCUCGCCCCAGGCCUUUCUGCCCGGCACCCCAAGGACAGCAGCAAGAGGAGGCCGCCGCCAGCAGGAAGCCCCUGGCCCAGCGUCCUGUGUGGACAGAGCAGCCCUCGUCCCCAAGGCGGACAGAACUGAACCGCAGCGUGGCCAGGCCGAAGCCCUGCCCGGAAGGAGGCGAGGGGCCGUCCCUGCGUGCACGGGGUUGGCGCAGGCAGGAGAGGCGGGCGUCUCCCUAGAAGCCGCAGAGAAAGGAUCAGCAUUACUUGGGAGGUGGGCGGGCGGUCCGAUUUGGCCUUGGACCCCGCAUUUCUUGUUUGGCUCACACAUGGCAUUGAAGCCUCCCCAUGCCCCUGAGACAGGCACCCUGGGGACGCGGGGUCUCUGAGCUUUCCGUCCACACGGCCCGGGGUUCUGGCCCUGUCCGGCGCUCGGCAGGGAGCCCACCGCUCUGCGUUAACUCCAAGAAAGGCGGGUGGCUUCCCAGAGGGGCCCUGCAGGUGGAUGCAAGGUGAGCCCAGGGCCCGCGGGCUGGGCAUCCACCUGCUGCACUUCAUUGUCUGGAAGAGUGGACGGAAGCCAAGGGCUGCAGCUCUCCCCCGAUCCAGCUCCCUCGCCCCUCCACCGGCCGUCGCUGCGGCGUGGGAGUGGUUGCUUCAGCCUGGAGCACCAGGAUCCCUGGUCGAUCAGCGGAAAGAAAACUACCUCCCACACCCCUCGUGCCCGCCCAGCUGGGUUUGUUUCUGACAUCAUGAGAAACGGAAGACAGGACCCUGAGGAAGUCACCUGAGCUCCGGCCGGGAGCAGGAGUCGAGCCACAGCCUCCCCGUGGAUCCCGAGCCGGACAGCCUCUCCGAGACUUCAGGAAGGGACCCCACUCUGCCCGUGGCCACAGCUGGAAGCAGCGCCGCCUACAACCCCCGCUGAGGAAGCCACAGAGCCCUCCCGUGCCUGGACAGUGAGGGGCCGCAGCAUCCCGCCCGAGGUGGGCUGUGCCAGUGUGUGCGGGUCGUACGUGUGAGGUCGGCUGUCCGUGACGUGUGUGUGGGCCGCCCUGUGUGGAGUCAGAGGACUGGGGGCAGGGGGGCCAGCCAGGCAAGCCGCUGUGCACCCUUUCAGCCGGGCGUGGCGGGUGUGUGUGGGUGGCCGGGUGCACGAGGGCAGAGCGAGGGGGGUUCCAGCGCGGCUCAGGUCCGAGCGCUGCCCGUAGUGCUGACCGCGUCCCUCCCUCCCUCACUGUGACUUACCCGGAGCUGGCGGGGGCUUCUGUGGUCUGGGGGCUCUCCCCCGGGGAGGCCGCCAUGAUCCACGCAGGGUGUGGACCUGGAGCCCAUUGUCUGUUCGCUCGCACGCCCUUGCAUGCCUGGCUUUGGGGCAUCCUGGUCCCUGUGCCAUCUGCCAUCCGGGGGGGAGGGCCUCGCUGCUCGCUCCGGCUUCCGGCACAGCAAGGUGAGGGCAGUGGGCAGCAUGGCAGACACCGGGUCAUGUUGUGGGGCUGCUAAUGGACCAGGAGGAGGGACCGAGUGAGGCUCAUGCCCUGGGGGCUCAGCUCAGCCGGCUCGGGCCAGGGCCCAAGCUGUUCUCCUUUGGAUUCGCCAGCAGGAGGUCUUCCAAGGGUUUUUGGUCAUCUGACUGGGUCGUGUGCCUGGCUCACGCUAGAGCCUGACCUGGAACUGUGGCCAGAGGCCCAGGACUAGCCAGAGCGCCCAGCCCGAGGAGGUGACUCCAGCCAGAGGCCCCCCGGUGCCUAGUGACCACACGAGGGCCUCCCAGCCACACGGAGGAGCCCAGGCCAGAGGACCAGAAGGCCACGCCCCUCGGCUCUGAGGCGCCAUGACCGCCCCGCACCAGACAAGGGCCAGCAUGCUGUUUCCAGGAUGCUGAGGGUCAGGGGUCAGGGACAGGGACCCCAGAGCUUGCAGUGGGAGGAGUCUGUCUGGUGCAGAAACAUCUUGGCAGCCCCAGUUUGCUCAGAUGUGUUUCCCACGAGCUGCUUGCCGACCCCUCGCGUGCGUGGACUGCAGCGCUGUUUUGCAUCAAAGGAAACUUUACUUUCAGUCCCACUUUCCGUGCACCCUGCGUGCCCACCUGACCGGCUCACAGCCGCAGAGCCGUGAGCCAGGGGCACGGGAGCCCCCGCCCGGGUCCCCUUGCUGCUGGCGCUGUACUUGCUCAUCCUGUUUCUCUUGUUCAGGAACCGAGCCAAGGGGGAAGGGAGGAACGGAGCCUCCUGCCCCCGCCCUGCAGUC